AUGGCGGACGUCGACGCAAGCAAUAAAAAGCGCAAGAUCGACACAGAGGCGGGGUCUUUUACGGACACGCUCGCGAGCCUCGCGUCGAACGCGGGAGACGAGAGUUUGGUCGACCCUGCCUUGGCCUGGAAGCGCCCCGCGCUCGAGCCGAUCGACGCGAAUGUCGACAGCAUUGUAUUUCAACAGAUUGAUGUCGAGGAACACCAGCUGCCUCACGCCCCGCCGCAAAUCCGCAUGUACGGCGCGACGAAUGAGGGGCAUUCGGUCUUGGUUCACGUCCACGGAUUCUUGCCCUACUUUUACGUGAAUGCUCCUCGCGGAUUUACGACGGCUGCGUGCAACGACUUUAAGAACUAUCUGAAUACCACUUUUGGCAACGGCGUCGUGGCCGACAUUAGCAUGGAGAGCAAAAAGAACCUCAUGCAGUACUCGGGGCCGGAGGACAUUGCUUUCAUCAAGAUUACGGCGUCGGAUCUGCGCAGCUUUCCGCGUGUACGAGAUACCGUACGGUCGUUUGAGCGUGGCGAGAUUUCCUUCCGCGACUUGUUCGUGCCGGGCGACUCGAUGGUGUCGUUUGACAAUGUCGCCUACACGCUGCGGUUUAUGAUCGACCAUCAGAUCGUCGGCAUGAAUUGGAUCGAGCUCAAGCCGGGGCACUACACAGUGCGCAGCAACAAUGCGAGCAUUUCGCGCUGCCAAAUCGAGAUUGACUGCAACCCCGACGCGGUGAUCUCUCACGCGCCGACCGGCGAAUGGCUCAAGAUGGCACCGCUGCGUAUCCUGAGUUUCGAUAUCGAGUGCGCAGGCCGCAAGGGCAUCUUUCCGGAUCCCAACAUCGACCCUGUGAUCCAGAUCGCGAAUAUGGUGACGCGCCAGGGCGAAUCUACGCCGUUUGUCAAGAAUAUAUUUACGCUGGGCACCUGCUCACACAUUAUGGGGUGCCAUGUGAUGUCGUUCGAAGACGAGGUCGAGAUGCUUGAAGCGUGGACCGACUUUAUCCAGCGCGUCGAUCCGGAUGUGGUGAUCGGAUACAACACAUCCAACUUCGAUUUCCCGUACCUCAUGGACCGCGCCAAGGCGCUCAAGGCGUCGGCUUUUCCGUACCUGGGCCGCGAGCGGAAUACACGUACCGAGGUCAAGGAUACACACUUUUCUUCCAAAGCGUACGGAACCCGUGACUCCAAGAACACGGAGCUGCAAGGUCGUCUGCAACUCGACAUGCUACAGGUCAUGCAGCGUGACUACAAGCUGCGCAGCUACUCGCUAAACUCGGUCUCGUUCGAGUUCCUCAAGGAGCAGAAGGAGGACGUGCAUCACUCGCUCAUCACCGAGCUGCAAAACUCGGGGCCUGAGGCGCGCCGCCGCUUGGCUGUGUACUGUCUCAAGGAUGCCUACCUUCCCCAGCGCCUGCUCGACAAACUCAUGUGCUUCAUCAACUACACCGAGAUGGCUCGUGUGACCGGUGUGCCGUUCAACUACCUGCUCAGCCGUGGUCAACAAAUCAAGGUCGUGUCGCAGCUCUUCCGCAAGGCGCGUGAAGAUGGUUAUCUCAUUCCGACGUACAAGGGCGACGGUGGGGACGAGCAGUACGAGGGUGCGACUGUGCUGGAGCCCAAGCAGGGCUACUACGACAAGCCCGUUGCGACGCUCGACUUUGCAUCGCUGUAUCCCUCGAUCAUGAUGGCACACAAUCUAUGCUACACGACACUGCUGGACAAGCGCACCAUCGAACGCAUGAACCUCAAGCAGGAUGAAGACUACAUCGUGACGCCGAACAACAACUACUUUGUCAAGUCGUCCGUUCGCAAAGGUCUGCUUCCGACUGUCCUGGAAGCCCUGCUUGCUGCGCGUAAAAAGGCCAAGGCGGACUUGAAGAAGGAGACGGAUCCUUUUCGCCGCGCCGUGCUCGAUGGUCGUCAGCUCGCGCUCAAGAUCAGUGCCAACUCCGUGUACGGUUUCACGGGUGCAACGGUCGGACGCCUACCGUGUCUCGAGAUCUCGAUGAGCGUCACUGCGUUUGGUCGUCAGAUGAUUGAAGAGACCAAGCGCCAGGUCGAGUCGCAUUACACUGUGGCGAAUGGCUAUGAGCACAAUGCCGUGGUGAUUUACGGUGACACGGACUCGGUCAUGGUUAAGUUUGGUGUUGCAGAGCUGGAAAAGGCGAUGGAGCUCGGCGCAGAGGCUGCCGAGCGUGUGUCGCAGGUCUUUGUGAAGCCGAUCCGGCUCGAGUUCGAAAAGGUCUAUUUCCCGUACCUUUUGAUCAACAAGAAGCGCUACGCCGGCCUGUACUGGACGCAACCCGACAAGUACGACAAGAUGGAUACCAAGGGUAUCGAGACGGUGCGCCGUGACAACUGCCGCCUUGUGCGCACGGUGAUUGAGACGUGCCUAAAGAAAAUGCUCAUCGACCGCGACGUGCAGGGUGCAGAACAUUACGCGAAGCAAGUCAUUGCGGACCUCUUGCAGAACAAGGUCGACAUGUCGAUGCUUGUCAUUUCUAAGGCGCUGGCCAAAACGGACUAUGCAGCCAAACAGGCACAUGUCGAACUUGCGGAGCGUAUGCGCAAGCGCGAUGCCGGCUCGGCGCCGGCGCUCGGUGACCGUGUCGCGUACGUGAUUGUCAAAGGCAGCAAAGGCAGUGCCGCUUACGAAAAGUCCGAGGACCCUCUCUACGCACUCGAGCACAACAUCCCAAUCGAUACACGCUACUACCUCGACAACCAGCUGUCGAAGCCCUUGAUGCGCAUCUUUGAGCCGAUCAUGGGUUCGCGCGCAAACUCGCUGUUGGCCGGCGAACACACGCGUGUGCUGCAAGUGGCCACCUCAAACGUCGGUGCACUGAUGAAAUUUGCCGUCAAGACGGUGCAGUGCCUUGGCUGCCGCACGCCGCUCAAGGACCAGAACGCGGCGGUGUGCAAGAACUGCAAGCCGCGCGAAGCCGAGCUGUACUUUGAGAAACUCAUGCGUGCGUCGUCGAUGGAAGUCGAGUUUAGCCGUCUGUGGACCUGCUGUCAGCGGUGCCAGGGCUCGCUCUCACAGGACGUCCUCUGCUCGAACCAGGACUGCCCUAUCUUUUUCAAGCGGAAGCGUGCGCAGAAGGAUGCCGAGGAUGCGAGUCGUGUGAUUCAGCGCUUUGAUACAGCGUGGUAA